AUGACUAGGAUGAUUCUUACUUGGGUUUGUAUCAUCACCACAAAUGAAGCCGCUUCUCUGGGAGAAGGAUGUAUAUCAAAUGAAAACUGUACCGAUAAUGGAGCAAUUUGUGAAGAAUCAUCAAAAAAAUGUGUUUGUAACACAGGAGAUGGAUAUGAGCAAGAUGAUGGAGCAUGCAAACCAAGUCCUAUCACAGUGUCACUAACAGGACCAGACAGCAGUGUUAAAUAUGGAUCAUCCAUAAAUUUCACGGCAACAAUUAUAACUGGAGCAAGUGUGACUGCAGUAGCUUGGCAGAAGGUGGGGUCUGGUGGAAGUCUCUCAAACAUAACCGUAAACUCUACAAAGUACACACAGACAGGUGACCCUGAGUCUGGUACAGUAGUACUUACCAUCCACAACCUCAAGUACAGUGAUGAAGCCAGUUAUCAGAUCCAGGUUAACAACAGCCAUGGGGAGACUAAUACCAGUAACCGAGUGUCACUGCACUUGUCCGGAGACCCACCCAUCGUCAGUGUAUCAGGACCUACCCAGUCUGGUGACAGUGUAAUCAUUGGAUGUAAUGCUACUAUCACACCUGACUCUCCAGCCAUCACAACUAUUAAGUGGAAAAAAGAUGGAAAGGAUAUAGACAUAGCUAAUUCUAAUGGUAAAUACUCUGGAGGAACUGUAGACAGCCCAGCACUAACCAUCAAUACAGUAGACAGCGGUGACGCAGGACUUUACCAUUGUGUGGCCACUAAUCCUACAGCAUCCACUGCAAGUGACAAUAAUGUGAAUCUCGCUCCUCCCUCUGAUGUCAAAGUCACAGGUACCACAUCUGUAGUUCAUAAUUCCACAGCGACAUUCAAUGGGUCCUACACAUCAGUGUUGCCAUCUGUGACCAUCAAAUGGCAGAAACAAGGGACAGAUAAUAACUAUAAAGACAUUGACAUUGGCUCAUCAGAUGGUAAAUAUGCAGGGAGCAACAUUACUGGAACCAGUCCUAAACUCGUGAUCAACUAUGUAAAAUUUACUGACAGGACAUCAUAUAGGAUGGUGGUUACUAAUGGAGUGGGAUCUACCAACAGUGACCAGAUCACACUGGAUGUAACUGGAGCCAAACCAAUAAUAAACAUCAUCUCAAUCAACCCAACUGUCUACGGACAGUCAGCAACAAUCACAGCACAUGUUGCUUCUGACCCCCCAGCAACAGGAUAUGUGUGGCAGAAGUCUGUCAAUGACACACCAGAAAAUAUAACCUCUACUGACAAGUACAAUUUAACAGGAAACAUUACAGAGGGAAACUUUAGUGUUUCCUUAACUAUUUAUGAUGUGAAGUUUUCUGACCAGGCUAAUUACACACUGGUGGUAACAAAUUCUGUGGGAUCUCACACUAGUAAUGCAGUUACAUUGAAUGUUACAGGAGGUGAUUUGACUGUAACCACGGGCCCUGAUGUCACUGGUAGAUAUGGAGGAAGUGUAACCAUUUCAUGUACUGUAGAAGGUCCAGAGGUGAACAAAAUACUGUGGAAAAAAUACAGUGGUAAUACUCCUGUCAAAGACAUCCCCACAAAUGGUUCAAAAUACACAGGAGGGACAGUAUCCACUCCAGCUCUAACUAUAAACAGCCUGACUGAUGAUGAUAUGGGACAAUAUCAGUGUACAGCUAGUAAUCCUGGUGGACCUUAUUCUAGUAAUAGUAAAGCCACAGUCACUUUAAAUUACGGACAGUUCAAUGAGGAUUGUACUACAACAGAACCAUGCAAUGCUUCUAGUAAUUUAAUAUGUCUCAAUGGCAAAUGUCUUUGUAACACAACAUACUACCACAGGAAUAAUACAUGCUAUCUGAGAUCUGGUCUAGCUCCCUCUAUAAGCUUCAUCAACAGUACAACAACACAGUUCUCUGUCUUCUGGAGUCAUCCCUCUGUGGAUUACGACCUUGUCAUCAGUUAUAAUGUCUCCUGGAGACAGAAUGGUGGUUCUACAUCUGGACAGAAAACAGUGGAGAGGGGGAAGAAUACCACCACUGUCAACUCAGACCUAAUGUCUGGUCAGCGGUACAUUGUCACUGUUUCUGCUGUUGUCAGGCUAACAGAUCCAGAGGAAACCAUUACUAUAGACUCAUAUGAGAAAGAAGAGAGAUUAGAUCCACGUCCACCUGGUUCUAUAUUACACAGUGAAAGUUCUUUUGCUCACAACAACCUCACCUUGAAGUGGACUUCUCCAUCCAAAACCUUCGUCACCAGCUAUGACGUGAUGAUUGAUGGUGAAAGCCAAUCUACUGGAAAUAAUAAUCCAUGGCUCCAUUUCACAAUGAAAUCAUUAACUCCUGGGAAAUACUAUGUUGUCAGUAUCGUGACAAUCAGUGGUACAUCAAAUGAACCAACUGGUGAAAAGAGGAGUACAGCAUACACAGAGACAAUUAGAAUUACCCCAACAAAGCCAGGACCACCUACCAAUAUUAAAUGUCCACAGAGUCCAAUGGAUACCUCUUUAAUAAUAUCAUGGACUGCUCCCUCCAAUCCUAAUGGACAAAUUGUGAUGUAUCAGAUUUCUGUGAACCCUGGAAACAUCAUUAAAACUGUAGAUAAUUCCAGUACUUACAAUGUUAUGGAAUUAAACCCAGAACAACAGUAUUCUUUUAUUGUUUGGACUAUAAAUGAUGCAGAUGAAGCAAUAAGACGUAGUGAUGCUAGCCAACCUGUUAUUUGUAAAACACUGGCAGGAGUUUCUACACCUCCAACCAAUCUUACUGUUCAUGAAGUUCAAAGCAGAGACUUUCGAAUUAGUUUUGGAAGCCCUAAAAAUGUCAGUGGUCUUUUAUCUGGCUACAAAAUUGUCAUUUUUAAAGGACUUAUCUGCGUGAAGCAAAUAUUACUCAGUGGAACAGAUGAUUGUCCCCAAUGUGUGCAAACAAAUGGUUGUCCACCAUCUGAAAAUAGCACCAUUGAUCUCAGUCAACCAGUGAUUUAUAACAUUUCUGGUUUAGACCCAUACACUAGUUAUCUUGUUAGAGUGGCAGCAAUUAAUGGACAGGGAGAGGGGUAUCCUUAUAAUGUGACUGUUAAAACAGAGGAAGAAGUUCCAGAAAAACCUGGACAGAUAACUGCCAGUAAUAUACAGGCAAAGACUCUGACUUUGUCCUGGAAUGUAGCAGGUCCCUCACCUGGCAACACAACAUACAUUAUAGAGGUGUAUGAAGGGACAGAUGACACUGGAACAAACUUUAUCCUGAAACAACCAAAACGGUACACAUAUGGUUUCCAACAGAAGUCAUUGUCCAUAAUUGAACUGGAGGAAUACUGGCCGUACAAGUUUAAAGUUAUUGCUGCUACAGUUAAAGGGACCAGUGAAUCAGAUGUAUCAGAUAUUGUCAGAACAAAACAAGCAGCACCAGGACAAGUGGAAAACUUGACUGUCAAUAUAAAAGAAGGGAACUACAGAGAAGCAUAUGCAUAUUGGAAUAUUCCAUCAUUGAGGAACCGCAAUGGUGUCUUAGAAAACUAUCAUUUCACAAUCACAAAUCAAGGGACCGAGAAUUUAACAGGAACAAUUCCAGUCUCCCUCUCAAUACAACGUGUUGAACAAAAUUUUACUGUUGUACCAGAGGAAACAUAUACUGUAACAGUGUAUGUCACUAAUAAUGAGAGUAUGUCAAGUAAGGAAGCUCUACAUACCUAUAAAAUACCUGCUGGCCGUCCUCCCAUAGACAACAAUGUAGAAUUGAUAAGUACUGUACCAGGUCAACAUAAGUCUUCACAGCAAACCAUCACAGUAGAACUUAACACAGAUUUCUUCAGAAAUGAUUUAAACGGAAAACAAGUUCUAUUUGGAAUAACUGUGUGUGAAGAAUCUAAAUGUACUGAUCAAGGAUCAUUAAGUAUGAAAGAAAAUUGGGAAGGGCUACCAAACUGGCAUGAUGCCAGUAAAAAUGGAUUUCCAUUAUACAGAGUCACAAAUCAAACGUACAUGGACAAAAUCAAGAAUGGAGGAUCCAGAAGGAAAAGAUCAACAUUAUCAGAAUUUACCAUUGGACAAGAUACAGAAUGUUUCUCAAAGGGUUCUAAUGUAUACUGCAAUGGUCCUCUUAAUUCUGGGCAAUCAUACAGGGUGAUUUUAUUUGCCUGUACAAAUGGAGGAUGCACACACUCGGUGCAAUAUGGGCCAUAUUCCACAAUUAAAAUAAUAGUUGAAGAAAAAUUCCCUGUGGGAGCUGUUGUAGGAGGGGUGGUCGCUGUAAUUGCUGCCGUUCUCGUCGUCAUUAUAGCUGUGGUGGUUAGUAAACGACGAAGGUUAGGUACAACUUCCAAGUACACAGAAAAAUUGGAAACAGUUGUUGAUAUGGAAGACCCAGUUCCUAAAAAUAUCCCCAGGAAAAGACCAAUUCGGCUACGAGAGCUGGCAGACAAGGUAGCAGAGAAACACAAGGACAGUAAUCUUUAUUUUGCCCGAGAGUACGAGGAUCUGAAAACACUGAGUGCUAAACACGCAACGGAGAUGUCGGAACUGGACAGUAACAAGCUAAAAAACAGAUACGUCAAUAUUCUGCCUUUUGACGUGACUCGAGUGAAGUUACAGCUGACAGAAGAUGAUGAUCCGUCUACAGAUUUCAUCAACGCCAAUUAUCUACCUGGUUACAAGUCAGAGAGAGAGUACAUUGCCACUCAGGGCCCAAUUCCUGGAACUAUUGAUGAUUUCUGGAGAAUGAUUUGGGAACAGAAUGUAUCUAUCAUUGUCAUGUUAACGCUCUGUAAAGAAGAAGGCAGGGUGAAAUGUGAGAUGUACUGGCCAGAAAAUGUUAAAGAACCAAAGCAGUACGGAGAUUUAGUGGUGGAGACCGUCUCAUGUUCCACCGUCAACUUCUACGACUUCAGAAUCUUCAAGAUUAAAUUGGGAGAUACUACGCGGACCCUGAAACAUUUCCAUUUCCUACAGUGGAAAGAUUUCUCAGCGAAUGUUCAAAAUGAUGUCAUGAUUGAUUUCAUUAAAAAUGUGAGGAACCACAUCCGCCCUCCAGACAUGAACGGUCCUGUCGUGGUCCACUGUAGUGCGGGAGUUGGGAGGACUGGGACCUAUUGUGCCCUAGAUCACCUGUUUCAGGUCAUAGAUGAACAUGACCUUGACCACUCCAUUGACAUAUUUGACCUUGUCCUGAAUCUCAGAGAGCACCGCAUGUUCAUGGUCCAGACAGAGCAACAAUACAUUUUCAUCCAUGAUUGUCUGAAGGACUAUCUUGAGAGAAAACUAAAACAAGAGCAGGGGGGAGAUGAAUGUCUGUACGAAAACCAGGCGUUUGUUGCUGACGACCCAGCAGAGGAAUCUUUGUAUCAAAACUACAGCAACCAGAGAACGGACCUAUAAAGGGAGAUAAAUCCUAAGUCUCAAAGGGACAUCACUCCCACUACUUUUUAAACAUUGUGCUUCCAAGAGGAUCUUAUUUUUUGAGAAAUCAAAUAUUUAUCUUUACUAUAAUGGUUCAUGAUUGUUUACAAAUCAUUUUUUUUUUCAGUACAAUCAUAAAUGAUUUAUUGACUGUGAUCAACAUUCCUUAUUGUGAUUUUAAGUGUGAUUUCAUUUGACCAUUCAUUAUUUUUGGGGGAAAAACUUAUUUAUAUAUCAAAGAUACUUAUUUUGUUCAUUCCAACUUUGUGCACUUUCGCAUUCGCAUUCUAGACAUUUGUAUGUCUAUAUUUUUUUCAUUAAGACGUUUCUAUAUAUUUUGAAGUUAUGUUUUCUUUAUGUUCAUGGAUGAAAAAGAGCUUUCUUUUUAACAAAUGGAUUUAGAAUCUUUUAAAACUUUAUGAUAUAAAAUACAUGACUGUAUAUGACUUUUAUACAUUAGAACAGUUUUUUGAUGAGUUCAGUUUUAAAAAUGCAACGAAAUCCUUGUGAUUUUACAAAUGUCAUCUGCUGCCAGUAUGUGUGUUGAGAUCAUUUGUAGUCUAUACUACACACAAAUGCUAGAAAACAGUAUAUUAGUAUAGUUAAACAUGUACAGGUAUAUAACUAUCAUUUAAAAAUUU